UUUCCUGUGCAAAAGAGCCAAGGCAGAAAGACAAACCUCCGUAAGAAGCCAACUUCCGUAAGGAGGAACUGGCUGGCAAAGGUGAUGCUGGCAGAUGCCUUUGCAGACUCCAACUCCAGCACCAUGAACUUGUCGUUUGCUCACCUCCACUUCGCUGGAGGGUACCUGCCCUCUGAUUCCCAGGACUGGAGAACCAUCGUCCCUGCUCUCUUGGUGGCUGUCUGCCUGGUGGGCUUCAUGGGAAACCUGUGUGUGAUUGGCAUCCUGCUUCACGGUGCUUGGAAGGGAAAGCCAUCCAUGAUCCACUCCCUGAUUCUGAAUCUCAGCCUGGCUGAUCUCUCCCUCCUGCUGUUUUCUGCACCCGUCCGAGCUACAGCAUACUCCAAAGCUGUCUGGGAUCUAGGCUGGUUUGUCUGCAAGUCCUCUGACUGGUUCAUCCACACUUGCAUGGCAGCAAAGAGCCUGACAAUCGUGGUGGUGGCCAAAGUAUGCUUCAUGUAUGCGAGCGACCCAGCCAAGCAAGUAAGUAUCCACAACUGCACCAUCUGGUCAGUGCUGGCAGCCAUCUGGGCUGUGGCGAGCCUGUUACCUCUGCCGGAAUGGCUCUUCAGCACCACCAGGCAUCACGCGGGUGUGGAAAUGUGCCUCAUGGAUGUACCAGCUGUGGCUGAAGAGUUCAUGUCACUGUUUGGUAAGCUCUACCCUCUCCUGGUAUUUUGCCUUCCAUUACUCUUUGCCAGCUUUUACUUCUGGAGAGCUUAUGGCCAAUGUAAAAAACGAGGAACUAAGACUCAAAAUCUUAGAAACCAGAUACGCUCCAAGCAACUCACGGUGAUGCUGCUGAGCAUCUCGGCCACCUCUGCUCUCCUGUGGCUCCCCGAGUGGGUGGCGUGGCUGUGGGUGUGGCAUCGGAAGGCGGGGGGCCCGGCCCCACCGCAGGGUUUCAUAGCCCUGUCUCAAGUCCUAAUGUUUUCCAUCUCUUCAGCAAAUCCCUUCAUUUUCCUCGUGAUGUCAGAGGAGUUCAAGGAAGGCUUGAAAGGCUUAUGGAAAUGGAUGAUAACCAAAAAACCUGUAACUGCCACAGAGUCUCAAGAAACACCAGCUGGUAACUCAGAGGUCCUUCCUGACAAGGUUCCAUCUCCAGAGUCCCCAACAUCCACACCAGAGAAAGAGAAAACCGGCUUUCCCCCUUCUGCCAAAGGGAAAACUGAGAAGGUGGAGAUUCCCAUCCUCCCUGACGUAGAGCAGUUUUGGCAUGAGAGGGACACGGUCCCUUCUGGACAAGACAAUGACCCUAUCCCCUGGGAACAUGAAGAUCAAGCAACAGGAGGUGGUGAUAAAUAGAUUCACGUUUCAAAGCAAAACAAAUUGUGAUUAUUGUAUUUACUUGUGCUGCUCAUUAUCAAUACUGCUGACUUUACGAUAUCAAAUAUGAUAAAAUUACUACUGCUAGGAAUUACAAAAAUGCUUCAUAUUUUACAUUUUGAAAAUGUGCAAUUUGGUAAGUGAAAUACCACGUUGGGAGUAAUAAUUACGUUUCAGAAUUAUAACCUGUCCAAAGAAUUCAUUUUAAGUGCUGUGUAAAGAUGUUGCUAUCAAAGUGAUUAGAGAGCCCAGCUAUUCUGUCACUUGUUCACAAUGGCUAUUUUAUUAGGGACCCCUUGGGACCAGCCUUGUACUACCCUGGCUGGAGCCUGGAGGAGAGCUUAUCUCUGUCAAAGGCUGAGCCCCUUUGCCUUCAGUUUCUCCCUGAACCUGCAGGUCCUAACUUCACCUACCAAAUU